ACUCCGUAGAUCUGUCUUUGACUAAGAUGUAGCAUGAUUUAAAAAAAAAUCCCAAACACCAGAACAACACCCCCCGCCGCCUUGUUUUGCAGCAUACUGUCAUCCGAAGUGCUGACACCAUUCAGCCCUUACCAUUGCUUUCUAUUGCAGAACACCUGGAACAAUUGCUCCAGGCCUCUCACGACCGAAGUCACUAACUGCACCCCAGUGUAAAGGUCAGCCUUGCAGCUUCGGAAGGAGUGACCUGCACCUAGCAGAACCCUGGCUCUCCUGGCAUGGUGGCUGUUUCCUCUGAAUUGGGUGUGUCCCAGAAAAGAUGAGACACCAUAGGAAUGGGAAAUGCACAGAGCUUCAACAGUUGUGGAAGUCAUAUGGAAGGAACAAAACGAACUGAGACAAGCUUCCUGGGUACGGUAAAGGUUAAUACAGUUAGAUGCAAAGCAAAUAGAAGAUAUUACGAAGUCAUAUAAAUUGUUUUAUACAAGUAGAGAGCCAAUGGCAGUUUUACUCAGGCUUCGUCACUGUAACAGAAGGACUGGCUGUACAAUGGAGCUGCCUGGUUUUGCUGUUGCUGUUUGGAUGUUUGUUUGCCUCCAUGCAUCUGUGGUUGGCUAUCCAAAUGGAAGAGUAAGAGAAGCCUGUACUAGCAUGGUACCCUGUCAUGGUAGCUCUCCUCAGCUGUCACCUGAGCAUACCAUUACAGUGAAUGGGACUGAAUUUAAACCAGGGGACAGCAUAGAAGUUCAUCUGUCUGGACCAGAUUUUGAAGGAUUUUUCAUACAAGCCCGGGAUGCAGAACACCUGGAUAGCCCUGCAGUUGGUUCUUUUGUGUUAGCUGACCGGAGACAUUCUCAGCUGCUGACAUGUGGUCGUACCAAGAAUUCAGCUGUCAGUCACACAAGUAAAGCAAAAAAGAAAGACAUAAAAGUUUAUUGGAUUGCUCCUGAAGAUGCUCCAAAACAUGUACAGUUUCUAGCCACAGUUGUGAAGAAAUACAGGAUUUUCUGGGUAAAAAUUCCAGGUCCCAUUGUUUCUCAGCCUGAUGUGCUGUCCCCAACACCACCUUUGCAUGCAACAUCAGAGCCUAUGUCAACUUCACACCCAGCUUCCUACAUAUCAAAGCCAUUUAGUGCAUCAGGUUGUGGAAUUACGAAGUUCUGCAUUAGGAACCCUACAAAUUGUGAUCCUGGGAGUGCUUCAUGUUUUUUUCUAUCCUUCCAACAAGAGGGGAGUUCAGUUUUUAUUGAAAUGAGUGGUCCAAGUGAAGGAUAUUUAGCAUUUGCAUUUUCCCAGGACCAGUGGAUGGGUGGUGAUGAUGCUUAUCUGUGUGUUAAUGUGGAUCACCGCAUUCACGUGAGCACUGCCCAUCUGAAGGAGCGAAGCCAUCCUCUCUUGGAUGCGGAGAAUGCCCUUGAAGAUGUGUCGUGGAGGCUUGCGGAUGGUGUUCUUCAAUGUUCUUUCAGAAGGGGGAUUCGUCUUCCUGCUUAUAAGGGGAGAUUUAAUCUGGAUACCAGUUACUACAUCUUUCUGGCAGAUGGGGAAGCUAGUGAAGGUGGACUCAUAUACAAACAUCGCCGUCAGCCCCUGGUCACCAAUGGACCGUACAAUGUCACAGGCCUUCCUCAGGAUAUUGGAGGUUCCCGGGCCCCACGGCUUAUCAAGGCUCAUGGUGCACUAAUGUUUGUUGCUUGGAUUACCACAGUUAGUAUUGGGGUUAUUGUUGCACGAUUCUUCAAACCUGUCUGGAAUCACUCAUUCCUAUUUGGAAAGGAGUUGUGGUUUCAGGUGCAUCGAAUGCUUAUGUUGACCACAGUCAUGCUUACAAGCAUUUCUUUUGUGUUGCCUUUUGUAUACCGAGGUGGUUGGAGCCAACAAGCAGGUUUUCAUCCUUAUCUUGGCUGUGCAGUGAUGGCUUUGACAAUCUUUCAACCACUGAUGGCAGGUUUCAGACCAUCUCGUCACGCACCAAGAAGGCAGCUGUUUAACUGGUUUCACUGGAGUACUGGUACAACAGCUAGAAUAUUAGCUGUUGUGACUAUGUUCUUGGGAAUGGAUCUGCCAGCACUUGACCUGCCUGACCCAUGGGACACCUAUGCAAUGAUUGGCUUUGUAGCUUGGCAUGUUGGUACUGAUGUUCUUCUGGAAAUACACAGCUACUGUCUCGUUCGUAAAGUUGAAGUGAUAGAGGAUGACAGAGUACAGAUACUGCAGUCACUCACAUCUGCAGAAGCAGAGGGUCGUCUGUUUAAACAGAUUGUGUUAACCAUCUAUGUCUGUGGAAAUGUAGUAUUCCUUGUUGCCUUCCUGAUAGCAAUCAACCAAGUAUGAAAUAAGUAUUUGAGAAUUUUGUGACAAAAUACUGUGCAGUUGAAAAAUCUGCAAGGAAUACUUUUUACUAUAACUUUUUUUUCCACAUGGUCCUGAAGAUGUAAUUGAAGAAGAGCAACAGCACAUGUAUGUCAUGCUCAGUGUUAGGGAGAUCUGGAACUCAAAUCUAGAGGGAAAUCCUGCAGUCCUACAAAAGCUGUCUUCUGAUGGGACUUUUAAUGGGAACCUUUGCCUGAGUAAGGAAUGAAAUCUCUAUUUUUUUAAACACACUAGUUGACUUGAUUGAAGCUUGAGGUGAAAAGAAGACUGAGAAGAUGUGACGAAAAUAUGAUUUGGGUAGUCAUUUCCCUAAACAUCUUGUGAAUAUUAUUGGGGGAACUGGUAAGAUAUGACUGGUCUGGAUUAAUCUGUCCCCUUUACUGUGUUCUAAUAUAUGAUAUGCCAGCUUCCUGCUCUUGACAGUUUUCUGCAUAAAGAAACCCCCAACCAAACGAACCUCAAAACUUAGUGAAAUGUUGUCACAAAUGCAGGUUGAUGAAUGAACUAAAUAGGUAAAAGUAAAAUGUAAAAAGCACUGUCUGCUCUUAGAGAACUUGAGUACUUUAGUAAAAACACCAUUUGCCUUACUCAAAAUACUGUUCUGUCUUCUAAAUCAUAAAUAGAAAACAUGUUUGCAAUAUAAAUGCAUUAAAACUUAUAGUAACUUAUCUAAAACUCAAACUAGGAAGAACCUAGCUCUGUUUAUGGAUUUCUGUUUUACUGUAUUUGGUUGCUUGAGGCUUCUGAAUUACUUAACUGCAUAAAUAAGAUGGAUUUAUGCCAACUGAUGCUUUAAUGGAAGUGAAAAUACUUGCUCUGGAAUGUUGUAGUUGUAUUUGUGCUAUUGAGAAAAACAUAAAUUGGGAGCUAGGUUGACUUCAGGAAAAGCAGCUUCUGUUAAUGUUAAGUGAGAGUCCUUUGAGCUGUCAUAUCUAGAAGACAGAACUAUAAAAAUUCUAUAGCAACACUAUUCUGAAAGAAUAUUGGAGGGCAAUUUUUUAGUCAACAAAAGGUUUCUCCAAAUAGAUGAACUAGGUACAGAGACUAAAAAGAGACUAUAUUGUUUCACAUUUUUGGUUCAUGGUUUGCCUAAGUAUGGAAGGAUACUCUUGAAACGGCAUUUCGGAAACGAAACCUUAAUAUGCUUUGAAGUUGUAUUUUGUGGCUCUGAACAGCUUGCUCCCACACAUCUUCAUUUUUCUUACUGAAAAGUAUUGAUUUUUAGUUGAAACAAUUCAAGGUAUGUUUUUCGGGUAGGCAUACUAAGCUAGCUGGGAAUUAAGAUGUUGGGAGGAUUGGAUAAAAGAGUGGGGCCUGACUUGGUAUAGACUUUUACAGCAAAAUCUCUACAAGUGUGGCCAGAUCUAAAAUACUUGUAGGUGUGGUUCAGGUGACCAAAACUGUCUGGUUCUGUCUCUUCUCCACCUUCCCAAGUCCAUAAGUGCAGCCUGUUGCAUGGACAGGUAAUACUCAGGAAGCUGCAUGUUUGUUUGUCAUCAGUGAUCUUUUUGGCUGCUCAGAUAUCUGAUUUAGUCAUAAGGGCAUUUAUGGAACUGGGAUUAAUCCCUUUGUCAGCAGCAGCUGACUGUGAAUGAGUCCAGGUUGAAUUAUCUCCCUUAGGAAAGUCAUGUGCAGACUGGCAAAGACGGACUACGAAGAAAUGAGUCACAACCCAGGCUGAAGGACAAGGAGCACGGGGUCAGCUGGGUGGGUGUGAGGUUUUUUUUAGAGAACUCUGAUCUCAAAAAGCCUGAGAAUCUCAGGCUCAUCUACUGCUAAAGUUUUGUGGGACUCUUUCAUCUACUGUGAAUUUAUAGAAGAAAAAUCACUCAACCUGGGCAUGAUUGUCGGCUUUUUAAGUUAAGGUUAAUGCCAGAUUCUUUCUAUAAUAGCUGUACUGAGGGUUGUUUCAUUUACAUGUGACAAUGAACAUGGGUUUUAAAACAUGAAUGUAAAUAUCUCAAUAAAAGUUCUUGUCCCUUUUAGUAAUGUGAAAAUGCUCUCAAAAGAAAACUGGAAAAGUCUUGCCUAGGAGCAAAAUGGAUUGUCUGUUUGUUUGUAGAUGUUGUUUUAUAAAUUACAGCUAUGUAAUCCUUCUGGAGAAA